AUGGCACCAGCAGUUCCAGCAGCAGCUGCCACCGCCAGGCAAUCGGCUUCUGGCCGCGAACGUAACUUCAAGGAUAAGGAUAAGCCAGAAAGUGUUCGCAACAGCAACAUUGUCGCUGCCAAAGCUGUCGCUGAUGCUGUUCGUACCUCUUUGGGACCACGUGGAAUGGAUAAAAUGAUUCAGUCUGGAAACGGAGACGUCACCAUCACCAACGACGGAGCCACCAUUUUGAAUCAAAUGAGCGUCAUUCAUCCAACCGCCAAAAUGCUCGUCGAGCUCUCCAAGGCGCAAGAUAUUGAAGCCGGAGAUGGAACUACAACCGUUGUUGUUAUGGCUGGAGCUCUUCUCGACGCCGCUCAGAACCUUCUUUCCAAGGGAAUCCACCCAACCACAAUUUCCGAAUCCUUCCAAAGCGCUGCUGCCGAGGCUGAAAAGAUUCUCGAAGAGAUGAGCUCUCCAGUUGAUUUGAAGAAUGAUGCUCUUCUCAACAAGAUGGCCACCACUUCCCUCAACUCAAAAGUUGUCUCACAGCACUCUUGGCUCCUGGCACCAAUGGCAGUGAACGCUGUCAAGAAAAUCAUCAACUCGGAGAACGAUUCGAAUGUCAACUUGAAAAUGAUCAAGAUUAUCAAGAAGAUGGGAGAUACCGUCGAAGAAUCCGAACUCAUCGAGGGAGCCCUUAUUGAUCAGAAGACCAUGGGACGUGGAGCUCCAACCAGAAUUGAGAAGGCCAAGAUUGGGCUUAUUCAGUUCCAAAUUAGUCCUCCAAAGACUGAUGUGAGUUUUGUGAAUAAGAUUUUUCAAUUUCGUGACUAUUUCCAGAUGGAAAACCAAGUCAUCAUCACCGAUUAUGCCCAGAUGGAUCGUGCAUUGAAGGAGGAACGUCAAUACCUUUUGGAAAUCUGCAAGCAAAUUAAGGCUGCUGGCUGCAACGUCCUCCUGAUCCAGAAGAGCAUCCUCCGUGACGCCGUCAACGAGCUUGCCCUCCACUUCUUGGCCAAGAUGAAGAUCAUGUGCAUUAAGGAUAUCGAGCGUGAGGAUAUCGAAUUCUACUCUAGAAUUCUCGGAUGUCGUCCAGUCGCUUCUCUUGACCAUUUCAAUGCCGAAUGCUUGGGAUACGCUGAUCUCGUCGAGGAGGUUCCAACCGGAGGAGACGGAAAGGUUAUUAAGGUCACCGGAGUCCAGAAUCCAGGUCAUGCCGUGUCAAUCCUUCUCCGUGGAUCCAACAAGCUGGUGCUCGAAGAGGCCGAUAGAUCUCUCCAUGAUGCCCUCUGCGUAAUCAGAUGUUUGGUAAAGAGAAAGGCUCUUCUGCCAGGAGGAGGAGCUCCAGAAAUGGAGAUCGCUGUGAAACUCCGCAACCUCGCCCAAACUCAACACGGAGCCACACAAUACUGCUGGAGAGCUUUCGCCGACGCUCUUGAACUUGUCCCAUACACCCUUGCCGAGAACGCUGGACUCUCUCCAAUCCAUACUGUCACCGAGCUGAGAAACAACCACGCCAACGGAAACAGCUCUUACGGAGUCAAUGUUCGAAAGGGAUAUGUCACUGAUAUGAUUGAGGAAGAUGUUAUGCAGCCACUUCUUGUCACCGCAUCCGCUAUCAAACAAGCUUCUGAAUGCGUUCGGUCGAUUCUUAAGAUUGAUGAUAUCGUUAUGGCCGUUCGCUAA